AUGGAUAAAGAUUUGAAAAGAAAAUUAGAGCUUCCAUUUUUUGGAAGAAAAAAAGCAAACAACGAUGCAAAUGCAAAGACAAAGACAAGUAAAGCAGAAUUCAAUCUUGGAGAUCUUCCCACUGAUCCAGGUUUAAGGAUCCCAAUUUUGAAUUAUAAUCCAAAUAUUCGAGACCAAGUUAGAAGCCAUUAUAUGCAAAUGGAUCCUUGUCAACCUCGACAUCAUGAUUUUCCCAAGAAAAAAUGUGGACAAGCAUUUAGAAUAUUUAAUCCUGAUUGGUUUGAUGAUUAUAAUUGGUUGGAAUAUAGCAUAGAAAAAUAUGUUGUAUUUUGUUUGUGGUGUUAUCUUUUCAGACCAACCGGUGGUAAAAAGCCAGGCAACCAAUCUUUUGUUAUUGAAGGGUUUUCAAAUUGGAGAAAGAUAGAAAGAUUAGUACUCAUGUUGGACAUGUUGAAAGACAUCGUUAAUGCUGCCGCAGUUGAAACGACCAAUAUUAUUAUCAAAGGUAUUGGAGAUUCUCUUUUCUCUAUUUUAGUUGAUGAAUCUCGUGAUAUAUCGACAAAGGAGAAAAUGGCUAUUGUGUUGCGUUAUGUGGACAAGAAUGGACAUGUGAUUGAACACUUUAUAGGCAUUGAACAUGUUCCUAACACUACUGCUUUGUCUCUUAAGGUUGCAAUUGAUAACUAUUUUCAAGAUAUGGGUUGA